UGCGGCUCCAUCACAGCUGCUGCAGAACCAAAGGCUGGAGGAGAACAUUGACGUGACCCUGAGCUCAGCAGAACCUUAGAACCUUGGAGAGUGAAGGCUUGUUUGUUGUGGAUUAGAACACAACGGUCUUGGACUCAGUGGGAUUAAGGUGGAUUAGCUCACACACUUGCAGAUCACCAUGGAGACGUCAGAAUAGACCCUGGUCAUGUGGAGCUAGGCGAGUCCAACUGGAAGACAUGUCUUCAUAGAACAGUGAGUUGCAUCAUGUCUUCCAAAGAACCAUAGGCGACCUUUCACCUGUCUCCUGGUCACUAGGAGACAUGGACAGCCACUGGUGGGAUCACGGUGACCCUGCUCCCAUGUCCACGCAACAGGUCUGGUCCACGGAUGGAGAGCGCCUGAUUGGUCGGAUCGUGCUCAACAAGAGGAUGAAGGACGGUUCCAUUUCCACCGACACGGGAGCUUUGCUCGGACUGAAGGUGAUUGGCGGGAAGAUGACCGAGUCGGGUCGUCUCUGUGCUUUCAUCACCAAGGUGAAACCAGGAAGUCUGGCAGACACCGUGGGACACCUGAGGGCAGGUGAUCAGGUACUGGAGUGGAACGGUCAUGUUCUGCAAGGAGCCACCUUUAACCAGGUCUACAACAUCAUCCUGGGCUCCAAAUUAGAACCACAAGUGGAGCUCCUGGUGUCUCGACCAGUCAGACCAGCAGACUCCCCCCAGUUCCAUAUGGUCUCCAGUUCCUUUGAAGGCCCUGUUAGCCCCAGCAUUGUGGACAGACCAGUCUCAGCCGACAGCAAGCGGGUCCUGGUCCCCAGACUUCAGGUCAAGCUGUGGUUCGAUCACGUCGGCCAUCAGCUGAUGGUCACCGUCCUUGGAGCUAAAGAACUUCCUGCUCGAGCAGACGAGCGCUCCAGGAACCUUUAUGUCCAGAUCUACUUCUUACCUGACAGAAGUGACAAGAGCAGGCGCAGGACCAAAACUGUCAAGAAGCUGACAGAACCUCGCUGGAAUCAGACUUUCGUGUACUCCACCGUCCACCAACGGGAGAUCCCGGACCGGAUGUUGGAGUUGACCGUUUGGGAUCAAGCUGGAGGCCGAGAGGACGAGAGUCAGUUCCUCGGAGAGGUCCUGAUCAGACUAGAGUCCGCCCUCCUAGACGACCAACCACAUUGGUACAAAGUUCAGAGGUCAAAAGUUUCUUCUUUGCCACGAAGACACUCGUCCUCCUCCUGCCUGCACAGGAAUGUACUGCAUCAUAGUACUACUACUACUCCUACUACUGCCAGGAGACUCUACUGUUCUCAGCGCUUGAGCGAAGGAGACGUUUGGGACUACGACUGUGAGGAAGGUUUGGACCUGGUACCAGAGUCCCGACACAAUGGGCGGAGCCACCACAGCUCCGCCCAUUCUCUGAGGGAGCCCUUUAGUCACGGCUUGGCACCUGACCCGGUCCUGCCCAGGUCCCAGUCACCGAACCAUUUAGCUCCUCACAGUGCCAGCGCUCUUCACCCUUUGUACCGCAAGGAUGCUGUCCGGCUGCUGCGCGGGUCCAAGCUCAGUCGAGCUCACUCUGAUGUGGGCCAGUACAGCAGCCUGGACAGGAUGUUACUGAGGAGAAGGUCUGGGGCCAACUCUCUGGACUCUCAUGCCAGGAACUCUGGAGGAUUCUGCAACACUUCCUGGCCCAGCCAGAUGGCAAAUGGAACGGUUGAGGACUACAGCCAGGACUUCAUCCCAGACUUCCCCUCUGAAGCGGAACCUUUUGAUGAGGAGCUGCUGAGGGUUUGUCCACAUGAUGGAUCGGUCCACAUGAGUCCAAUUGGAUCCCCCUUGUCCCGAGGACGCCAGUUACCUACUGUCCCGCCUAAAGGUGCUCCAGACACAAUUUUGGCCACGCCCACCAAAGGAGGACAAGCAACUGGAGCUCCUCCCACUCAUCCCUCUUGUCCCGCUGUUAACAAUGUAGCUGCUCCACUUAUCAGAAUACAAGCUCCUCCCCCAGUACCUGUCCAUCUCCACCUGGUUUCACCUGAGUUAGCGCCUCAAACAGCAAACACCUUGGCGGACCACAUCCCACAAUCUAGUCCAGCCCCGCCCUCGCUCUCCUCACCUUGCCCGGAUCCGCCUCCGCCUCCGCCUCCGCCUCCACCUCCACCUCCAGCUCCGCCUCCGCCCCCAUCCCCACCACUACCAGCUUCUGAUCAAGCUCCACCCCCUUCAGCCCCGCCCCCACAGACUCCAGAGGCGGACAGACGCUCAGCCACACCCGGAGGGAGCAGGAAAGAGGUGACCUGGGAGGACCAGCAGAGGACAGCAGCUGACGGUGUGAUAAAAGAUCCUGACAAGAUGAGCCUGUCGGUGAAGUCGUCCCUCAGCGACGUGUCGAUUGAGUCCAAGGUCCUGGACAGUCAAUCAGGUCAAAGCAUCAGUCAGGCAGAAGGUGUGCAGGGUCCAGCGGAGGACUUGGUGGCAGCGGGUGACAUGGGCACCCUGCAGACAAGUCACUCAUUGGAUGAAGAAGCAGAGAAGGAGUCCGAGACUUCAAAGGUGUCUGCUGCUCCUGCCCUCAAGUCUUCUAGUGUGGGCGGAGACAUCUGUUCCUUGGGCCGCAACGACGACGACGACGACGACAAGAAGAGGCGCUCCAGUUUUGGUGCUCGCAUGAUGGGAAUGGUUGGACUGGGAAGUAAGAGCCAGAGCACCUCGCAGAUCAACCCGGAGGAGGAAGAGAAGAAGAAGAAGGUGGUGAGACUUCCUGUCCAGAGGAGCAUGGAAACCGGACUGGCGGUGGAGUUCAAGUCUCGCUUCACCCGACAGCCGAGCCGCGACCCGGACGCAGAGGACCCCAAGCCCGGAGCUUUGAUCUUUCCGGGAGUCAAGUUGGCCACAGACAAACACUUCACCGGCUUCCUGGAAGGACUAGGACCUGCCCAGCUGGCCGGCAGGCAGACCUUGGCCACGCCUGCCAUGGGAGAUAUUCAGAUCGGAAUGGUCUACAGGAAGGAACGUCUUGACGUGGAGGUGAUCCGAGCCAGGGGGCUUGUGGGUAAACAAGGCAACAAGAACACGCCAGCUCCGUACGUGAAAGUCUACCUGAUGGACAACGGCAAAUGCUUGUUGAAGCGAAGAACCCGUCUGGCCAGAAAAAGUCCGGACCCUCUCUAUCAACAACAACUGCAGUUUGAAGAGAACCCAGAAGGCAAAGUUCUCCAGAUAAUUGUCUGGGGCGACUAUGGCAGGAUGGACCAUAAGUCCUUCAUGGGUGCCGCUCAGGUUCUCCUGGAUGACCUGGACCUGUCCAACAUGGUGAUUGGCUGGUUCAAACUGUUUCCUGCCAUCUCACUGGUGGACCCCGCCUUGGCGCCGCUGACCAAUAGAGAGACGGAAGGCGGGGCCUUGUAGCUGUCCAUCAAUCAAUCAAUCAAUCAAUCUUUAUUUAUAUAGCCCUAAAUCACAAGUGUCUCAAAGGGCUGCACAAGCCACAACGACAUCCUCGGUACAAAGCCCACAUACGGGCAAGGAAAAACUCACCCCAGUGGGACGUCCACUGGGGUGCCAUCAACAUGGCAGCGCUGUAGGUUCCACCCUCAGGUUCUGGUACGAGGAACACAUUGUGGAAAUGGACUAGGAGUGAGUCAGGAGUCAGCACUCAGGACAAGAUGACACAGAAUCCCAGGAAAGAUUGAAUGAAUCCCAAGACAUCAACCUCAAAAAGUGCAGUUUGUGGAUUUGGAGAACCUUCUAAGUCAACUACUAUACUUGGCUUGUUCCAGCAAGUCCAAAUGAACAUUUAUUGACACAAAAGAAAGUCAAACUAAAGACAUUUGAAAGUUUAAUUUGAAAAGAGAAGCCAGCCAACAAUCAUGCAGGUCAGAGAACACAAGAAGAAGAAUAAAUAACUUGCACAUCUCAACACACACAUACAACUGCAACUACAACUUCUUGUGCCCUGGUCCUGGAACAGUUCUACACCGCAGGUCGGGAGACUCAAAGGUGGGCUCCAUCUAGUGGUAGGCCAAAGAAUCACUUCAAUAUUCCAACACAGUGUUACUGUUCAUGUUACAGAAAUAUACUUGUGAAAUAAAACCUGGUUUUGAAUGA